AAUAACCAAGGAGGUUUUAGAAUGAAACUGCUGAUGACUGUUGAUAUUUUUGCUAAGGGAAAACAUAAUGCAAUAGAGUUAGCAUUGAAAUAAUAUUAUUCUUCAAGAAUCUAGCAUUUUCCUCGUCGACAUUGAAAGAUCUGACAAGACGUUUAUUGGUGGUCGACGUUAAAAGAAAAACCAUGGUUUACGUGUCAGCAGGUGGCACCGUGGGUGGAGGCAAUUCGCCAUUAAAAUGGUCUACCUGGGUCAACUGGUUCUGGGGAUUUCUGAACUUCAUUGUCCUUUUCUUCAGAACCUUGGUAAAUCCUAAAUUGAACAAAGAUAAUGAUGGAAACAAGCAAUACUCCAGAGACUACAGACCUCCUGGAGGAGGCCCUCCGAGGCCACCCACGAGACGAACUGGAGGCUUUGGCACCAUUAGCAGUCUCCCGUGUCCCCCAAUGGGCGGCGGAUGAGGUCGUUAAAGCCGUCCCUUGCUUGUCAAGUGACGGCUAACAGGUGCUCUUGAGUCUUGGACCUUUCUCUUAACCCUAAGAGGCAUAUGACGCGUUACCUGAAACCUCGCCUGAGGCCAGGUUACUGCCGAAGUUGGUUCGUGGGCUGGAGCGCCGCCCCCUUCCCUUCCUGCUGAUUUUAAACUUCUGUCUUGAAGAUAAAAUAUGUAAAUACACAAAGUGAUCUAAUAAUGACUUAAAUGCCUCUUUUCUGAUACAAUUUGUGAAUUUGUGUUAAAUUAUAUGCCUAUUCUUAAUGAAUCACUGAUUUCUUACAACUAU